GAAAACCACAUCUUAAGCAUAAUACUGGGUCGGUCGACUUAAGGCACCUCAUAAAAAAGUAUAUAAAAAAGUAGUAGGCGAAUAUAGCUGUGUAUUUAUAUUCUUAAAUUAAAAAAGUAAUCAAAGAAAUCAUAAUAAAAUCAAACAAAAUUUAAAAAAAAAAUAAAGAAACGACCGCCCGCCAGCACUACCGCCAGCAUGAAUCAAUGUGCUAAUGUACGCUGUGCCUCAGGCGGCGGCACCAUCAAUUCCUGUCAAAUGUCACAUUGAAUUUGUCGGCAGCCGGUGCACUGAAUCAGCUCCAGAACACAAAAAAGCCACAACUUAACUCAGUCAACAGCUGCCAUUUGUAGUUCCUUCCUGCAGAGUUAAAGAAAACACAAUUUCCAAUCAUUUAAAUGUUAGACUUGAACUCGCGAAAGAAUGUCAAAGACAAAGAAUCGAUACCGAAAAAAAAUAAAACACGAAGCUAGUAGAAGCUUCAUUAUUAAUAAAAAAACAAAAAAAUUUACAAAAUAUCGCAGAAGACUAGAAUAGGUAAAGCACAACUCAACCCAAAAACGUUUGGAGAAAAUGCCCUCCCGACGCAGCUCCUACAGACGUAGAGAAAGAACUGCUUUUCAACAAUUCAAAGAACAUUUCCGAAAAUUUACAGCGUUUAUGUUUAGUAAUGUUGGCAUUAUAUUAUUGGUUGUAUUCUACACUAUCGGAGGUGCCUUCAUAUUUCAAGCAAUCGAAAUAUUCGAGUAUGAAAGACGUAAGACAGCGGAACCACAAAAGUACGUGACCCGUAAUCAUACUGGAGAUUGUUUGGAGCGGAUCUGGGAUAUGACUGCAGAAAACAUAAGUUUUUACAAUAAAAUAGAUUAUAAAAAAAGAAUUAAUCAUAUUUUGUUGGAUUUUCAAAGAGCAAUUGUAGAAAAAGAACGAAAGGGUAAUGAAGUAGAUAAACAAUGGAGUUUUUCUGGUGCCUUUCUUUAUUCCUUAACCGUAAUAACUACAAUUGGUUACGGAAAUAUUGCACCAGAAUCUGAUUGGGGUAAAUUGGUUACUAUACUCUAUGCCAUUAUUGGAAUGCCACUCUUUCUGUUGUAUUUAUCUAAUAUUGGUGACGUGCUAGCGAAAUCUUUUAAAUGGGUUUAUUCAAAAGUUUGUUUAUGUCGAAUAUGUCCGGGAGUUGCACGUAGGCGCAUAAUACGUGAAAGGCGAAAGCUAAAGCAAAUGGCAAAAGCGCUACGCGAUAUCGAAAGUGGGCAAGACAGUAAAAGUAGUCAAAGUAGCUCCAGUAAUUCUUCAGAAAGUUUUGACAGUGAAUAUAGUCCGAGCGAAGAAACUGAAAGUUCAACAAAAACAUCUAGUAUAAAUAAAAUGUAUAAUGAAAAUAAUGAAGGUGACGAUGAUGAUGAUGAUGAUGACGACGAUGAUACUGAUAUUGAGAGAGAAAUACGUGGUAGCACGGAUGAAAUAACAGUGCCAAUAACAGUGUGUAUCCUGAUAGUUAUAAGUUACAUUCUUUCGGGAGCUAUACUUUUUGGUCGUUGGGAAGACUGGGACUAUUUAGACGGAAGUUAUUUCUGUUUUAUAUCGCUUAGCAGUAUUGGCUUUGGCGAUUUAGUACCCGGUGAUCGUGUGAUCACAGCCGAUAAAGACAAAGUUGAACUUAGUUUUAUACUUUGUGCAGUAUAUCUACUACUUGGUAUGGCUUUAAUUGCUAUGUGUUUCAAUUUAAUGCAGGAACAAGUUGUACAUACUGUACGUGGCAUUAAGAGAGCCUUUAAAGCAUGUUUCCGAUGCAAAAGAUAAUAAAAACAGUCGGCAUCCUUACAUUGGUACAAAAUUAACUCGAAAUAAAUAUAAUAUAUUAGUAAUAAUAAUAUAUUAGUUUAUUUGAAAUUUAAAAUAAAAUAAUUAUGCCAACUUUCUUUUUAAUAAUAAUUAAGUUAACAAU